CUUCGACCCCAGAGUGAGAACGUGAGUCAGCAGAAUGGAGCUAGAGUUCCAUCUGAUCAUCUGCGUAUCUUUUAACCACUGAGAUUUAUAUUUAGUGACUAAUGAUCUUGUGCUAGAAGUGCCAUCUCCCACACAAGUCCCCAUAGAAAACUGGCUCUGAGGGCUCUGACUUGGAAAUUAAUCUCCCCCUCCCAUUUUCUCUGCAGGAUUUGUUCUUGAGACCCAUGGCUUGCUUUCCUGGGCUCUGGGGCCCCUGCACACAUGUGAGCAGAGCGCUUAGCCAUCGCUGGUUCAGCUCCACUGGGAACCUGAGUGCGAUUCAGAAGAUGACGCGGGUGCGAGUGGUGGACAACAGUGCCCUGGGAAACACCCCGUACCACCGCCCUCCUCGGUGCAUCCACGUCUACAAGAAGAACGGAGUGGGCAAGGUGGGCGACCGCAUACUGCUGGCCAUCAAGGGACAGAAGAAAAAGGCUCUCAUCGUGGGCCAUCGCAUGCCUGGCCCCCGCAUGACCCCCAGGUUCGACUCCAACAAUGUGGUCCUCAUUGAGGACAACGGGAACCCUGUGGGGACCCGAAUCAAGACGCCCAUCCCCACCAGCCUGCGCCAGAAGGAAGGCGAGUACUCCAAGGUGCUGGCCAUUGCUCAGAACUUUGUGUGAGCAGUGCCCAGGCUGAGAGGGACUCUGGCAGCCACGGGAUUGCUCCCUUCAUACUGGGUCACUGUGUCCUGCAAGAGAAUAAACAUUAUUGUGUAUGUUUUCUUCCUGAG